AUGGAGCGAGCGGGGAGUAACGGGAGCUGCCCGGGCUGCCGGCUGGAGGAGGGUCCGUCGGUGCGGGCCGCCACCGCCCUGGCGGCCGUGCUUAUCUUCACCAUCGUGGUGGACGUGCUGGGCAACGCGCUGGUCAUCCUCUCGGUGCUGAGGAAUAAGAAGCUCCGGAACGCCGGCAACAUCUUUGUCGUCAGUUUGUCUGUCGCAGACCUUGUGGUUGCGGUUUAUCCCUACCCUCUGAUCCUGAGUGCCAUUUUCCAUAAUGGAUGGACCAUGGGAAAUGUUCAUUGCCAGAUAAGCGGGUUCCUGAUGGGCUUAAGUGUCAUCGGGUCCAUUUUCAACAUCACGGCGAUUGCAAUCAACCGCUACUGCUACAUCUGCCACAGCCUUCGGUAUGACAAGCUCUUCAACCUGAAGAACACCUGCUGCUAUCUUUGCCUGACCUGGAUACUCACAGUGGUGGCAAUUGUGCCAAACUUCUUCGUUGGCUCCUUGCAGUACGACCCCCGGAUUUACUCCUGCACCUUUGCCCAGACGGUGAGUACAUCAUACACCAUCACAGUGGUGGUGGUUCACUUUAUUGUCCCACUGUCCAUCGUGACAUUUUGCUACCUACGGAUCUGGAUUUUGGUGAUUCAAGUCAAACAGCGGGUGAGACAAGACUGCAAGCAGAAGCUCAGAGCAGCUGACAUUCGGAAUUUCUUGACUAUGUUUGUGGUUUUUGUCCUUUUUGCUGUGUGCUGGGGACCGUUAAACUUUAUUGGCCUUGCUGUUUCAAUUAAUCCUUCAAAAGUGCAGCCACACAUUCCAGAAUGGCUUUUUGUCCUGAGCUAUUUUAUGGCCUAUUUUAACAGCUGCCUCAAUGCUGUGAUCUAUGGGCUUCUUAACCAGAAUUUCCGGAAGGAGUACAAAAAGAUACUGCUGACACUCCGGACUCCCAGGCUGCUGUUCAUCGAUGUGUCCAAGGGUGGGACAGAAGGGAUGAAAAGCAAGCCAUCCCCAGCUGUAACAAACAACAACCAAGCUGAAAUACACUUAUGAGUCAGAACAGUACUAUUUAUUCUGGAUUACAGUUGUAUAUAUAAUAUAUAAGAGCCUUUCUAUGUGUGCAUUUCACAGCUGGUGUUGCUGGGCCCCUCACUGAAGGAAGGAAUCUGCUUCUCACGCAAGGAAGGAGUCUGCUACCUUUCAUGCUUAGCUUAUGGCUGCGACAU